CGCUUGUCCAGCAGAAGGGGCUCCGUCCAUCCUGUUCUUGCUUUCGAUAUCCUGAGCCCUGCAGACCUGCAGUCUCGACGCGUACAACACUCAAAGAUCUCUCUUGACUUUGCAAAGCUAGCAUCGGCGGCUACUCAGCAUGCCGAGAAAGUCACUCCAGACUAUAUGGUCUUUGCUGCUGGGAUCAACUUUGUGUGGACCGUGGGCUCAAGCUCUGGCAGACACAGCGCGAUCUGCAUCGCAGGCUUCCCUUCCACUUCUGACGAGGCCAGCACCUGAUAAGAUUGAGUGGCUCGUGCCUCGAACGAUCGAUCCUGUGGCCGGAAUGGAUGAAGCGCUGAAAAGCGAGGUACUGCGCGAGUAUCGCUACAUAAAGGCGAAUUUUCUCAGAGCGAGCGAGCACGACGCGUCAAUGGCGAGGCUUGACACCCCGGCGAUCAGAGCUGAAAAAGCACGAAGGGUCCAUGCGAUGCUAGAUCACGCGCCUGUCAAGGUCUCGCCUCAAGUCAGACAGACGUUUGUCGACCACAACCAAGGGCAUAUAGAGGAGUCUACUUUCGAGCGGCCAUUUGUCAAAGCGCUUUCGCUGCACGAAAAGUAUCAGCUCAUGGAGCACAUCAAAGCUCAGGCUCGCCAGCACCAAGUGUAUCCCCAUCACUGGCAGUUGCUCAAGCUUCCAGAUGAGGAGGAAAAAGUCUUGAGUCAAAAGUACGAUGAAAGUAAAGCUCGUGCUUUCAAGAAGGCCGAAGCUGCCCUCCGAGGCCCCAUUCAAAAGAAGCAACGCGUAGAUAAGGAUGCGGUGGAGAAUGAUGAGCCUCAGAUCCCCCUUCGCGAAAGUGAGCAGUCUCGCUUCCCGCGCCCCACACGACCUUCGACCACCACCCCCAUACAUCCGCAUCGAGCCAUUGACAAAGAUCAGAUUGCAAGGUCUGUUCGCGAUAGGCGUCAGGGCGAUCGCCUUUACAACAUCCUGCACAGGGACUUUGGCUCGAGAAGGGUCACACCUGCUAUGCUAGGCGUGAGCUCUGAGCACGUCAACAAGCAAAGAUCGCCUGUUCGAAUCUUUCCCUUGAAGAAUCCGACUUCGCGGCUUCGUGCAACGUAGCCCGUCAUUCCUCGACAACUAUACGCUUCCCAAUCAAACGACACCUAAGAACGGCAAACAUUGUCCCAUCUGCUAUCAGAGCACUAGCCCGGCCGGCCUUCUGUCCCACGUGUGAAAAAAAAAGUUGGUCGACUGGUCUGGCUGCGCCGACCAUGAUAUCACCUCGUGCAGAAAUGGAAUUGUCAGGUGGCCGUCAGCGGUGUGUGGCGAU